AUGGCACUCUCAUGGGUCGCAUAUACCUGCAUCGCCAUCCUACUCGCUUCAGUGUAUGUUCGGAAGCGCUUGAGCAAAUACACAUCCCAAAUCGAGCGUGAUGCGCACGUUGAAAAGCCAGGUCGUUUGAGAAACGACGAUGGAUUGAGUACAUCUGCCCGCCAGCUAAGGGCCAGACUCGCCGCAACGGUCCCGCAUAUUGUCAUCACGCCAGACAAUCCCAGAGAAUUUGAAUCGUCAAUGAAUGCGUACUGGGAUGAGAAAGCAUGUCAAGUCCAGCCGUCAUGUGUGGUGCGGCCGCGCAAUGUAUGGGAGUUGGCGCAAGCUGUCAAGAUACUGAAGCAAGAGUUUGAUCUACGGACCGCGCGAUGCAGAGGCUCCAACGAGGAUGUAGAGCCUGUUUUUGCGAUUCGCGGAGGAGGCCAUUCCCCGGUUGCUGGCGCAUCUAGUAUCAGGGGCGGGGUACUGGUCGAUCUCAGCCGUUUUAACAAGGUCGUGCUUUCAGACGACAAGAAGAGUGUUGCAAUGGGCGCAGGGUGCCGAUGGAUCGAUGUCUAUGCGACUCUAGAAAAAGAUGGUCUUGCGGUUCUGGGCGGACGGAACUCUGUCGUUGGUGUAGCUGGCCUCACGCUCGGCGGAGGUAUUUCUUUUUUCUCGCCAAAGUAUGGGUUCGUCUGCAACAGCGUCAUCGAGUAUGAAGUUGUUCUCGCAGAUGGGUCCAUUGUCGCGGCCUCCGAGCAGAACAAUACUGCUCUUUGGCGUGCGCUUAAAGGCGGAGGGAAUAACUUUGGCAUCGUAACACGUUUCACUGCUCGCACUUUUGCCGGCGCACAUGUAUGGAGCGGCUUUGCGUACUACGCGCCUUGGAAAGCGGAAAAUAUUCUCUCUGCAUUUCAAGCCGUCGAUGCACGACUGCCCUCGGGCGAGCUGGACCGCCGUUUUGAUCCUCAUGCCGCCGGACCGUUGACGUGUUUCUCCUAUCUCCAGGCUGUUGGCAUCCAAGCCAUAACAGUCCACUUCGCGCAGACAGCACUUGAGCUGAAGAAUGAGAAGUGGCCAGACAGUUGGCUCACUUCAUUCUUCGGCAGACGUGUAUGGAGUACGUGCAAAAUGCAGACUUUGAGCAGUGCGACAGAUGAACUGAGUGCCUUGGAUCCGCGCCAACGCCGUCAGGAGUUCGCUACAACAACGGUCAAAAACGACAUGGAAACUUUGAGGGCCGCACAUACGGCAUACCGCGAUGCAAUCAAGACGAUUCGAAAGCACAAUAUCAAAGAUAUGAGCUGGACGCUUGUAUUUCAGCCUUUACUGCCAGCAUGGGUGUGCAUGGGCGACAGUGACGUAAUGGGGCUCAACGACAGCGACGACAAAGAUGCUCUGGUCAUUGUCAGUUUCACGGUGCACUGGGCGUUGGAAAAAGACGACCAGCUGGUGCUGGAUAUCACGAGAGAUGCUAUUGAGCAGAUUGAUGCGUAUGCGCUGGAGAAGGGAACGCAGCAUAGGUACCGCUACUUGAAUUACUGCGCAAAGUGGCAGAAGCCAUUUGAGGGGUAUGGGGAAGGGAAUUUGGAGUUUUUGAGAGAGGUCAGCGCAGAUGUUGAUCCCGAGGGGUUGUUUCAGAGAGGAUGUACUGGGGGGUUUAAACUCGGGAUAUCAAGCUAG